UGGGCAGGGCUGGCCGACCGUUUUCGGAGGUUAAGGAGGGUGGUCGACCGGUUUUGGUGGUGGAUGGGGUAAGGGCUUGAGUUUCACGAUGUUGGGUUGGUGGUUGGAGUUUUUUUUUAUAUUUUUUUAUUACUUUUUUUUUAUUAAAUGAAAUGCACCAAUUAAGAUACGACACGUGGCAUACAACCUACUAAAUUCGAUCACCAACGGGUCAAGGUUCAUUAAAAAAAGAUGGCAUACAAAGGUGGGUUUGCCUCGUAAAUAUCAAAAGGUGGGUUUGGUAAUUUUCAACUCGGGCAAAGGUGGGAUAAUUUAUUUCCAUUUUUCCUUUGCAAAAUCAAUUACAAUAUAAGAUACAACUGAUUAUACUUUGAAAGUACUCUAUACCAAUCCCCUACGGGCAAAUCUGAAAUACGGAGUAUUGAGUUAUGACAAUCAUGAAAUGCAGGUGAUGGAUCAACAAAGUGAAAGUGACUAUAAUGUCAACAAAAGCCGAAAGGACAAACACAAGGUACUGCACCCUGCUGUUAUAUUCCCUACGUACAGUUACACUUCAUGUGAUGUACCAAAAUUAAUCAAACUCAUGACAAAUCAAACCCAAUCACAUUCUCUUUUGUUUUAUCCACCACUUUUUCUUUCUCAAAAAGAUACACAUUACGGAAGAAAUCAGGUGCCAUUCUUCCUCUUUAUCUUCUCUACUCAUCGAUAUUCAGCAGCAGCAACAAUCUAGCCCAACGUGAUACGUGCAGCGCCUUCCUGAUAGUUUUGGUGUUCAAACAGUUUCAUAGCUGGUUUAUACAAGCUGACGGACCAGGUUUUCAAAUGAACAAUGCAAAAACAAUAACCCUGUACAUUACAAUAAGUUGUCUUGCAUUUGUAACUUCGAAAAUCAUAAUAUCUAUUCUUCUCUACAAGAAAUGGAAGCGAAAGCAUAUAUCAGUUCAAGACAGCUACUCAGGUGGAAAAAUGGUGAUGUUCAGGCCUUCAAGUACAAAAUCACUAAAGGCAGAUGCAUUGUUAAAGAAGGCGCUCAAGUUAAGCAACAAGGAUAUUAUUGGCUCUGGAGGUUACGGGACUGUGUAUAAACUAAGCAUGAAUGAAGAAAGAUUAUUUGCAGUAAAGAGGCUUAACAGGGGAAGUGUAGACCGAGACCGUGGUUUCGAGAGAGAAUUAGAGGCAAUGGGUGAUAUAAAGCACAGAAACAUUGUUACUCUCUAUGGAUAUUACACUUCACCUCAAUAUAAUCUUCUCAUAUAUGAGCUAAUGCCCAAUGGAAGUCUGGAUGCAUAUCUACAUGGUAGAUUCAAAAAUAAGAAGCUUUUAGACUGGUCAUCAAGAUACAAAAUAGCAUUAGGAGCAGCAAGAGGAAUAGCAUACCUUCACCAUGACUGUAUUCCUCACAUAAUCCACAGAGAUAUAAAAUCGAGCAACAUCUUGCUGAACGAAAAUUUUGAGGCUCAGGUUUCUGACUUUGGGCUAGCUACUUUCAUGGAACCCAAUAAGACUCAUGUAUCCACCAUUGUUGCUGGAACUUUUGGCUAUUUGGCCCCAGAAUACUUUGAUACAGGGAAAGCAACAGCAAAAGGGGAUGUUUAUAGCUUUGGUGUUGUGUUGUUGGAGCUUUUGACAGGAAAAAAGCCCAUGGAUGAAGCGUUUGUUGAGGAAGGAACAAAGCUGGUCACCUGGGUAAAAGCAGUUGUCCAGGAAAAGAGAGAAGAGCAAGUGCUAGACAUUAGCUUGGAGUCCUGCUCCAUCGACGAAGUGAAUUCCGUUUUCAGCAUUGCAUUAAUGUGCUUAGAGUCAGAGCCAUUAAAGAGACCGAAUAUGGCUGAAGUUGUCAAAAUGCUAGAAAAAGCAAAACCAGACAGAAAGAUUUCAGAUGUUUCAUCAGAUACUCAUGUAUAAAAGCAAUAGAAAUGAGUGUCGAGCAUUUGUAGUAUCCAGUAUCAGUUAUUUGCAGAAGUAGACAAUAAACGUCCAAUCAUCACUUCGUA